AUGCCAACCUGCCAUCCUUUGGCCAUGGCAUGCGCCCCACUGCAGCUGAUUAUCACCACCACGGUCUAUCUCCGGCUGUGCUCGAGGGGACUGGGGCUUUCCAGUCUGCUGGUCAGCAUUUCUAGCCCCGUCUUCUCUUACCCCCUCCUCCUCCGCCCACCUUUCGCUCCUCUAAUCUGCAGCUCCUAUGCUCCCUCCUCGCCGCGUUCAUAUAACCUAUCUUAG